GGACGCAAGAUCCCUCUUCCACCUGUACACCUUGAUGACUCAAGCUGGGGCCAUCUUAUUGCUCAGCCGUACCCUGGUUCAGCAUGAUUACAAGCCAGCCAUCUUUACUCUUCUCCAUCCCAUCUGACACAUACUGUUCUAACCCUCCGUGUUGCGACUGCCCACGGCCGGAAACUGUACUAACCGCGCUUGGCGACUUGAUAGCAACUUUCGUGUAUCGCAGAACGCUUACCACAGGCUGAACCAAUGCACCAACGA